AUGGAUAAUGUGGUUUCGCGAUGGGAUGGGGGAUGGGGUGAUGUUGUUGGUGAAAGUCACGGUGAGGUAGUGAGGCCGCUGAGGUACUUUGAGAAUUCGAAUCGACUAGCUACGGGCGGCGGAAGCACCCAUGUGGACGCAGGCCAUAGCCACAGCCACACCACCCCACACGGCCCCGCACCCCACAUCCUGGCGAACAAUCAUGUUCUGAUGCACGAUUGUCUUCACUGCACGUGGUUUCACCGUACCAUCACUAUGGACAAUGAGGAACCCCUUGUUCGUGCCGUCCUUAUUCCCUUGUCUGCCUCUGCUAUUGUUACCGUCCGCGAACACCACCGCAGGAAUGCAAUCUCAUCCCAACUGGCGUCACCCCUUCCACAAACUCUACAUACCCACGAUGUGUCUUCCAUAUCGCUCUACCAGGACCGACAUACGCACAGAUUCGUCAUUGGAUCGGAUCCAAGUAGCCAUGUGAGGCUUCAAGAGCUUGGGAAAGACCAGGACUAUAUCAACCUGCACCACGCCAUCAUCUACCCAGACCCCGAUAACCAUCACGUGGAGGUGCACAAUGUCUCUGGCUCCACUUCCUUUCGCGCUUGGUCUGUAGAAUCGCGGGACAUAAUGCAUACAAUUUUACCGGGCGACCACUUCCGGCUUGCAUGCGGUAAUUGGCGCCUGCAAAUCAGCAAAGCACUCGCAUUUGAAGUUCGGCUUCCAUCAAGCAUGGAGCAAUUCAAUGCUCUGGUGGAACCCUCACUGCACGAUCCCGCACCCUCUCCUCGCCGGUCGCUGCGGCUACGACAAAUAACCAAGCUCAGCACCGAAAAUACCUCCUGCGCCUCGCGUGCAUCUACUUCCCGGGCCGAUAAAAAGCUAACGGCAAAAGGAAAAGCAAGUUCAAGGGGAAGAGCCCAGGGUUAUCACCACCCAAGACCCGAAUCGGAAGUCAAUACAAAGACCCCCGAACUCACGCCACGCAAGGCGGCUGGCAAAUCUGCUGCUCCUCGACACAUAACACUGCCAAGCCCACCAGAACUCACGUGGAAUCCGCCAUCUAGGCCAAAAGCUCCUGUCUUGCACGAAACUGUUGGUGAAACCGUCCGCACUAUAGUCCAUAGGGGCAAGCGCGAUGGCAUCGUGACUGCCGUGAAGACUGCUCGAAGACCAUCCGCAGAGAGCACCGCUAGGGAGUGGAGAAACGAGUGUGACAUCCUAAGUAAGCUCCAGCAUCCCCACGUAGUCAGCCUCGUCUACUACGAUGCCCGCGACCUACGACUCGAGCUUGAGUAUGUAGGCCCCGAUCUAGCCAAGGGCGUUGACGAAGCCGGAAUGUCAACACUCUCGCAGGAGGUCCAGUAUCGAGUCUGGCACGACAUCAGCAGUGCCCUUCAAUACAUCCAUGGGGAGGGUAUUUCGCACUGUGACAUCAAGCCCCAGAAUAUUCUUCUAGGUGAUAACGGCAAGAAAGCCAUUCUGUGCGACUUUGGACAAGCUACCAGAACAGGUGUUGUCCAUAGCGGCGGCACUCCACGUUUCAUCGCUCCCGAAUACGUCACCGGAGGUAUCCGUGGGCACCCCGGCGAUAUUUGGGCAUUUGGGAUCACAAUGCUGUUUGUCUUGGCCUUGAUUUCGCUUCCAGAGGAAAUGGGAUGGGCAAUAUAUCGUCUUGCUGAGGAUGAGAGGGUACGAGAAGAGAUGUCCUCUUGGAUCCGCCACAUUAAGGCCAUCGAGAUUCCACCUCGUUACGCCCUGGUAACGCGAAUGCUCGAAGAAAGGCGCCGAAAGAGAAUUACUGCUACUGAUUUGGUUCAAGAACCAUGGGAAGAUGAUCGGACCGGGAUCUCCUACACUGCAAACUACAGUGAACGAUUAGGAGCGGCGACUACCCUAAUUGGACCUUGCUGUAUUCUCGAAGACUUGGUUGGUUCGAAAUGGAAACCGAGUUCAUGUACAUGGCUCAUCCAUGGCCACCGCCAUCGAAGUCUCGAUUCAAAAGACCGAAGAAUGGCGAAGUCCCUACCCCUGAGUAAAUUAACUCCCAGGCUCUUCGGUACGGCUGCCUUAGAUCCGGGGUAUGGUAAUGUCCUUAAGACUCUCAUCAGCAUUGGUAGGUCUGGUAUAGUCCAAACGCCUAUCCCGCCGCAUGACAUCAUCGCCAUGCGACCUCCUCUUGUCUACAGCAAUAGCCUUCCAACAAAUUUCAUUCCCUCGUCUGGUAAACCCACAUUCCAUUCACGGUCGGAGGAAGGAAGAAACGGAACCAUGUACAAUAACGCUAGCUUAGCUCGCCUGAGCCAGCUGCCACAACUCCUCAUCCCUCUAAGUGCCGAAACACAGCUUUUAGGACGUCGCGCAGCGAAGGUCUCGACGACAGCUCAUACCCAUCCGACUUCCCCUCCCAUCGCUUGCGUCGUCGGUCUGGCUUGGCUGAAGUUCUCCUCUACUGUACUACAACUUAAUUGGAGUCUAGGUAGUGUGGGUAGUGGAAGUGGGAGAAUUUUGAGUGGCGGAAGAGCGACAGCGGUACCGCCAGCAGUGGAGGAAUCGGCGAAGAGAUUACGGAGUGGGAGAAUGCAGGAUUCUGAACCGCCCUCCCUAGUCGUCAGUCUUAAAACUAAAGUUCACUUGCAGCCAAGGACCCAUAUCCCCCCCAACAAUCCUCCUGUUCUUUUCACGGAUCGAUAUGGGCCCAACCUCUCGGAGGACGAACUGGGCAUGCCACACCACGACACUAUGACACCGCGGACCGCCCCUCAAAAGGUGUAUUAUGGGUCUUGUCCACCUACGGCAGCUGUCCCACCCACUAAUAGCGUUCCGAAUGUCGACUCCCGAGACGCUAGCGUACUAGACCGUACCGCCGUCCAAGCUCGACUCAGCCAUAGCUCAAUUUGGCGCCUGAGGGUCUACUUUUCUCCACUAGUAGUAGGGGUUCGGGAUAGCGACACCGUCAAGGAGGGUCCAUCUCCGGUAUCAUCACGAAAUGGAGUAGCAGCUAAGAUCCUCCGCGAUGAAUGUGGUUUUGUUAAUCUGCUUGUAUACAUCAGCAUCGUUCCCCAAGAGUUCCUUAUCGGCUACCACAGACUUAUACCGUACUAUUGGUGUUUCUUUUGGAUAAUCGUCGAAUCUACUCUGUUCCACGAAGCCUCUAAGACUUUACAGACGAAAAGGAGGAAGCGCAACAUCAGGCCCAUUGAGCCAGGCUCUCGGAGGCAGGGCGGACCAAUUACCAACGACUUCCAGGAGACUUUUUUUUUUUUUUCCAAAGAUGUUCAAUAUCACCUGCGCCAAAUGAUCUCAUUUUCGAUUGUGAUUACGGAACUCUCUAACCUCCUUCACCUGCUCGCUUUCUUUUACUUUCACGACCUGAUCCUUGGCGCUCCAAUGCUCUAUUUCCGUAAUAAUCUGUGCGCUCCCAAAAAGCUCCACAGCUCUACCCAUAGCAUUCAAUUAUCUACCAUGUAG